UUUUUUUAAAUUCAGAACUUCUGCCCAAAACUGAUCCAGAGACAUGAUGAAGAUCCUGAUCAUAUCUGCGUGUCUUCUUGCUGUCGCCAACUCCGUCAGUUUUCUGUAUCAAUAUCAGUCAAAUGCUGCGGCAAAAAGUGAGAUCAUGCAGAGCGGAACAGAACAGUCCAGGACCAGGACUCUUGACUCUGACCCAGAUUCCCCGACACGACUCGCCAAGCUUUGCCUGUCCCUCUUUUCAGGACUCGUCAACCCGAUGAUCUAGGCCUACCAAACAGUCUUACGUUACUGUUAGAAUCUUGCUUCUCACAUUUUAAAAAAUAUCAGUAUCACUGUCCCCGUCGUUUUAUGCAAGAACAAUUCUGAAAUUAGGCAAACUUGAA